CGUACCUCUGCUCCUACAUGGACAGGGGUAAUAUCGGCAAUGUAGACACCGCCAGUGUGGGCAAAGCCUGGGUAUCGCUUCGUUCCCAGUCCUUCGUGGCUGUGCUCGGCCACUACAUUGCUCAUAUUUGUUUCCAGUUUUUUCGUGAGCUUGACGCUCUCUUUCGAAAGAUGGAUGACUACUGAAUGCGAGAUUCUCCCUGUCAAGUCAAG